AUGGCGCGUGAUGCUGAUGGAGUUGGGUGCUCUUCAAGUUCUUCUGGUUCAACUAGGAGAAGGAAGUAUCAUGUGUUUUUGAGCUUUCGAGGGGAAGAUACUCGGAAAAAUUUUUCUGAUCAUUUGUAUGCCGCUUUAAAACGCAAAGGAUUAAAAACUUUCAGGGAUGAAGAAGAACUUGAAAGGGGAGAAUCUAUUAAUCCAAGUUUAGUACAAGCAAUUGAAGAGUCUCGUUCUGCAAUUGUUGUGCUCUCCCCAAAUUAUGCUUCUUCAACUUGGUGUUUGGAUGAGCUUCAAAAGAUCCUGCAGUUAAAGGAAGAGACGAGUUUUCAAGUAUUUCCGAUAUUUUAUAGUGUAGAUCCUUCUGAUGUUAGGAAACAAAAGGGAAGUUUUGCAGAAGCAUUCAAAAAGCAUGAAGAAAGAUUUACCGAAAACAAAAGAAAGGUACAAAAGUGGAGAGAUGCUUUAGAAAAAGUUGCUACUUUAUCUGGCUGGGACUCAAAAGAUCGGUAUGAAACAGAAUUCAUUGAAAGCAUUGCUGAAGAAAUGGGGUCAAAGUUACUUGAUAAAUCAGCAUCUGGUCAUGGCAAGUUAAUUGGAAUUGAACCAAAAUUAGAUGAAUUGAAGUCAAUUGUAGCAAGGGAAUCAAAAGGAAUUGGGUUUAUAGGAAUAUGGGGCACAGGAGGCGUAGGCAAAACAACUCUUGCUAGAGCCUUUUAUGAGCGGAAGCAAGAGCGCAAAAACUUUGAGAUUCACUGCUUCCUUGAUAAUAUUAGAGAGGCAUGGGAAAAAGAAGGAUGGUUCAGUGAAGGGAGCAUAAUAAUAAUAACAACUAGGGACAGGCAUUUGUUAUCAUCACAUGGUGUAUCUGCUGUGUAUGAAUUCAAAUUAUUGAGUGAUAACGAGUCCCUUGAACUUUUCCUUGAAAAAGCUUUUAAAGAAGAGCAUCCUAAUGAAGAUUAUUUGAAACUUGCUAGAACUGUCAUUAAGUAUGCUGGAGGCCUUCCUUUAGUGCUCACAGUGUUAGGUUCAUCUCUUUGCAAAAGAACUAUAGUGGAAUGGAAAGAUGAACUAGCUAAGUUCAAGAAAGUUCCUCCAAAGGACAUUUUGAAGAUACUUCAAGUGAGUUUUGAUGGACUGGAUGAUCAGGAAAAAACCAUAUUCUUGGAUAUUGCUUGCUUUUUCAAUGGGAUGGACAAAGAUCAUGUCAUACAAAUUUUAGAAACUUUGGAGAAGGAUCUUCACCCAGAAACUGGGAUAAAUGUUCUCAUUAAGAGAUCACUAAUAACUAAUUAUGAAGGGCAUUUGUGGGUGCAUGAAAUUCUCCAAGAUAUGGGAAAAUAUAUUGUUUAUCAAGAAUCACCUUAUGACGCCGGCAAGCGUUCAAGGAUAUUGUCUUUGGAGGAUGCCAAUCAUGUACUAAAAAGAAAUAAGGGGACAGAAGCAACUCGAGGAAUGGCCCUAACAUUGGAAAAGUCAUGUGAUGCAUUUUGGGAUCCUGAAGCCUUCUCAAAGAUGAGUAAUCUCAGGUUACUUAUCAUUUCAAGUCGCUCACAUGUUUCACAUUGCCAAUUAAAUCUUCCGCAUGGGCUCAAGACCCUUUCCAGCGAGUUGAAAGUCAUAGAAUGGGUGGGGUAUCCAUUAUUUUAUUUGCCUAGUCAGCCUCAACUCCAUGAACUUUCUCUUGGGCAACACAAGAAACUUGUCAUUGUUGACUUGAAAGAUUGCAAAGAAGUUAAAACCCUUCCAGAAAAAUUUGAGAUGAAUGGUUUGGAGACUUUUAUUCUAUCGGGUUGUUCAAAAGUUAGAAAACUUCCUGAGUUUGGAAAAGAUAUGACAUGUCUAUCGAAGCUUGAUUUAGAGAAGACUGGUAUAGCCAAACUACCCUCAAUCACUGGGCAAUUUGAUUGGCCUCGUUGA